AUGGCUCCAUGUACCACCGCUAGUUCUUCGAGCUGCAUACGUAGCAUACAUUCAACUGCGGUCCCCCGACACGGGAGCAUAACACGACCAAAACCGGGUACAGGGAUCAAGCUCCACUUUAAGGAUUCAAAGGGGGCUCCCAUCAAGACCGUCGAGGUGAACGAGGGCGACGACAUCCUGAGCAUUGCCCACGAACAUGACAUCGACCUAGAAGGUGCCUGCGAAGGCUCAGUUGCGUGCUCGACAUGCCAUGUGAUCCUCAGCCAAGAACACUAUGACCUGCUCCCUGAACCAGAGGACGACGAGAAUGACAUGCUCGAUAUGGCAUUUGGCCUCACAGACACCUCGCGCUUAGGCUGUCAGGUGAAAAUAACGCGCGAACUCAAUGGAAUGACGGCAACGCUGCCGAGCGCGACACGGAAUAUGUUCGUGGACGGCAAGAAGUCCACACAUCACUAG